CCAGAAUUAGCUCUGCCCCAUAAGAGGAGAGAGAAAGACAGAGUGGUUUUUAGACAGAGAGAAAGAGCGACUCUGUGCAAACACAUGAAUUGUUUUUAAAUGAUAGCUUCAUCCUAACAUCUGAAGAAGAAGAAAUAUAAAAGGGUGUUCCGAGAGGCUGUGAGAUAUAGUUUGAAGGAUUUAUUCUCUGUAACAAGGGCAAGAAGAAGAGCUGAAGAAUAAAGAUGGAGUUAUCCGAUUGCUCUAAUGAAUAUGAGAAGCUCGUUGUACGGAUGAACAUGCCCAGGGUCGUGAUUGACAAUGGAGUUUGCCCUACUUCAACUGUCGUCAAGAUUGAUAGCGCAAGAAGUCCAGGGAUAUUGCUUGAAUCUGUACAGCUUCUCACCGAUAUGAAUCUCUGGAUUAAGAAAGCUUACAUUUCCUCUGACGGAAAAUGGAACAUGGAUGUUUUUCAUGUCAGCGAUCUUAAUGGAAACAAAUUAACUGACGAGAACCUAAUCCGUUACAUUGAAAAGUCGAUCGAGACGUCUCAUUACUGUAAAAGCGAAGGGUACACCGGUUUAACCGCUCUAGAGUUAACCGGAACAGACAGAGUUGGUUUACUCUCAGAGGUUUUUGCUGUUCUAGCCGAUCUUCAUUGUGAUGUUGUUGAGGCUAAGGCAUGGACGCAUAACGGUAGGAUUGCCUCGAUGAUCUACGUUAGAGACGGUAGCUCCGGGACUCCCAUCGACGGAGAUUCCGACCGUGUCCAACGGGUAGAAGGGCAGUUACAUAAUUUACUAAAAGCAGACGAUGGUUACCAAAAUGAUACGAGGACAUGCGUUUCGUAUGGUGGCAAUACUCAUAUGGAGAGGAGGUUGCAUCAGAGGAUGUUCAUGGACCGUGACUACGAGAAGAAGUUUGAUUCCGAGACAUCUCCGGUCGUUUCCGUACAAAAUCUUGAGAAACGUGGUUACUCGGUCGUGAACUUGCAGUGCAAGGAUCGGUUGAAGCUUUUGUUUGACGUUGUUUGCACGUUAACGGACAUGGCUUACAUUGUGUUCCACGCCGCGAUUCGAACGGUUGGAGAAACGGCAUUUUUGGAAUUUUAUGUGAGGCAUAGUGAUGGAAACCCGGUUAAUUCAGAACCGGAGAGACAACGUUUGAUCCAAUGUCUACAAGCUGCGAUUGAAAGAAGAACGGUUAAGGGUGUGAGAUUGGAGCUAUGCACUACAGAUAGACUUGGAUUGUUGGCAGAAGUAACACGAGUAUUGAGGGAGAACGGAUUAAACAUUGCUAGAGCCAAGAUAUCGACUAAAGAAGGUAUAGCAAGGAAUGUGUUCUAUGUGACAGAUGCAAAUGGUAAACUUAUAGAUCCGGAGAUAAUCAAAUCAAUUAGAGAGAAGAUUGGAAUCGAUGAUAUAAGUGUUAAAGAAUCAUUCCCGCUUAGUUGCCGAGAAACAGUUGAGAAGGAAGAACAAAAACAAGAGCAGCAACAUCACCAAGCACGCAUUGGAGGAGGGGCAGUACUAUUAUCACUUGGGAGUCUAGUUAUGAGAAAUCUAUACCAAUUGGGUUUGGUCAAAUCAUAUUUUUAGGACACUAAACCGGUUGACUAAACGAGUCAUAUAUACCUAUUCAUUCGAGUUUGUUAACAACCCACGCGGUUGAAUUGGUGUAUUUGGAUCAGAUUGUCAACCGGUAAUGGAUUUGGUUUGUGGUUUGGUAUUGUUAUUGUACAUAAAGGGGGUGAGAAGUUAGCUAAAGUAUUGGUGGUCGGUCUUCUUGUUGGACCAAUUGGUAGUAGAAGAAUGUUAGGUAGAUCUUGGUACAUUUAUUUUUUAUCUGUACAUAUUAAUUAUAUAACCUAUGGUUGUUAAGAACAUUAGCUUGUCAAUAGUAAGUCAAUGUGUUAUGUAAAUAAGAAGUUAGUUUAUGGGGUU